AUGAGUUUCGAUAGCAUUAUUGAAUCCGUCAAGGUUCGCAUUGACAGCUUGACGCGGGACUGGAAUGAACUGAAUGCUGCGACAGCAGAGACGCCAAACGACGAAUUGAAGCAGUUGGAAGACAAGCUGAAUCUAGUCCAGGAGCAAAAUACGUUGAUCAUACUCGAACUCGGUCGCAUCAAAAAAUUGCUAAGCAUCGAAGAGGAUAAAGCCAAUAAUCUCUUCAGUGCGGUUGUAGACACUUCCGGCAACGCUUUGAAUUUACCUGGUUGCACCGAUAAUGAAUUUGUGAUUACCCCCAAUGACAAAGUGCAAAGGAAAAACUCUGAAUGGCUUCCUUCAAUAGGGUCACAAAAACUCCCAAGACCAGACUCUACCAUCGAACGACUCACCGACUCAAACCACGAUUUCUCUCCACUCAACCGAUAUCCUUUGGCGUUUAAUGUACAGAGCUUCCUGAACCAUUCUCCGUCACCUUGGAAAAGAAGUCUCGAUGCAGAGUCGCCAGCGGAAUCCCGCAAAAGAUUUCGCCAAGAGGGACCUGUCAAUGACGAAAACGAGUAUUCAGACUACCAAAAGCUCCAGCACUUACAAUUAGUGGAGUCGCCUUCUGGUAAACCUAUUGUAAAACCACAAUUGAGGCCACUGCUGGCAUCAAACGUGCAUAAAGUCGAUAAUACAAAAACCUUCGAACCCCAGGUCAGCAUGAAAGACUUCAAGUUUUUGAUGAGCUCCGCACCGCCAUCAAUUCCUGCCAUGUAUCAAGAAUAUGAAUGCGUUUUGAGACCACAGAUCUUGGAUUUCGAGCAGAAGUUCGGCAAAGGUCAACUUUCUAAGUUGCCUCAAGUCCGGACAUAUCAGCGGCGAAGAGCCUUGGCGUGUGAAAUUGGCAAGUACGCAACACGAAAUGGCAUCACCAUCGAAGAGGCAGUGCGGUAUUUCGAGAGCAUUAGAGUUCGCAACAAUAAGACCGUAGCUUGGAUCUACAAUAACUUGACCGAUAUCCUCGAGCAAUACUGUUCAUGA